AUGGGCGGUUCCGACAUGAUCCCGGCGGCGAGCCAUGGGACUCUGCAGCAGCGUUUGUCGACCUUGUCGACUCUGGCCAUGGCCUUUGCCAUCUUGAAGGCUGAUUAUGCCGUCUGGAGGAUCCGUCGCGUUCUUGUACGGCUUCAUCUUUUGCGUCUUGUGCUGUCUCUGCGUCGUGGCGAGCCUGGGCGAGCUGGCUGCUAUAUGGCCGACUGCCGGCGGGCAGUAUCACUUUGUCUUUGCGCUGUGCUCGGAGAAGACAAGGCUGCCUAUUCGCAGUUCAUCUCGGCCGCGGCAGUGGUUGCUUCCGGCGGGACGUACGAAAUCACCGCUGCGCGAACAUACGGCGUCUUCCUGGCCAUUCUUACUUGCGCCACCGUGGUCAACAUCUGGGGGAACAAGAUUCUCGGUAAAUGGAACGACGGAGCGCUCUACUGGUCUAUGCUCGGCGUCGUCGUCGUCAGCAUCGUGCUGCUCUCCAUGUCUGAAAAGACAGACGCCAACUUCGUCUUUACCAACUUCCAAAACACGACCGGGUGGCCAGACGGCGUCUCCUGGGUCCUCGGCCUCCUCCAGUCCGCCUUGUCCCUCAUCGGCUUCGACGUAGUCCUCCACAUGACUGAAGAGAUGCCGAAUCCAUCUCGCGACUCUCCCCGGGCCCUCAUCUACGCCGUCUUAGUCGGGGGCGUGACGUACGUUGAAAACGCACCCCUUAUCCUUUUUUCCUCCCUCUACAAAAACACAGCUAACCCCCGACCCCCUUUCAGAGGCACCUUGUUCAUCCUCGCCAUCCUCUUCUGCUUCAACGAUCCGGAAGCCAUACUCGCAACGACAACCGGCAUGCCCAUUGUAGAAAUCAUCCUCCGCGCGACCAAGAACCGCGCCGCCACCACAAUCUUCAGCCUCAUGCUCGCCGUGUGUUUUGUCAACGGCUCAAACGCCAGCAUCACCAGCGCCAGCCGCCUGCUGUACGCCAUGGCCAGAGACCGCGGCAUCGUCUUCCACGGGUUCCUUUCACACAUCGAUCCCAGGCUCAAUGUGCCCAUGCGCACAAUACUCUUCUGCUACGUGUUCAACGUUUGCUUCGGACUGUUGUACCUGGGCCCAACGGUUGCCUUUAGCGCGUACGUCGCGUCGUGCACCAUCCUGCUGGACAUGUCGUAUGCCGCUCCCAUCGCGGUGCUUCUCGUCAGAGGAAGGCGGGUGUUGGCCGCGCACAGGACCGCCGGGACGCCCUUCCAGAUGGGCAUGCUGCCGGGCUACUUUGUGAACAUCGUAGCUGUUGUGUACCUUGGCGUCACUUCAGUGGUGAGUUUUUGUGUCCGUCCUUUGAUUGGUGUAUAG